GCAGCGAGCAGCACAUGUGAGUGUAAUCAUGGGGAAACGGAAACAAAAACAACAGAUUUUUACUGAUUUAAGUAAGAAACAGAAGAAACACCUGAAGGAAUUCGGAGAGCAGCAUCCGUUUCAUGAUCAUGUCGUGGAAAGGCCUGAGAAAACUCAGAUUAUUCACUUGACGAAGAGAUCUGAGAACUUCAGUGCUGAGAGUGAUGAUGAAACGGAGGAGGAAAAACUGACUGCAUAUGAAAAGCUGCUCUCUACCAUGGGCACCAGCGCUGAUAAUGACAGUGAGGAUGAGGAGAGUGAGGAAGAGGAGGACGAAGAUGAUGCAGAGCAGGAAUUGGUUGACGCUGAUGAAGAGGAGGAAGAUGUAGAAGAAAGUGGAGAUGAUGAGGAUGAAGUGGAUGGAGAAGCUGUGGAGGAUGAAGAUGUGGAUGGAGUGAAGCAAACGGAGGGAGAGGAGGAGUUCACUGAUAAAUCACAUGAAGCUGAGUUCUGUUUAGAGUCAAAUCUGUCAAAUGAUGGGGAGCAGGAGAGAACUAAUCAUCUACAAGAAGACGUGUUUAUAAAGCACCAGGAAACGGAGCUGAGUGAAGCGGAGGUGAAGAAAAUCUCGGAAGGCUUUAAAAUCAGAACUCAGCUCAAGUGGUCCAGAUUGGGGGUUCUGCAGUGUGUGCAUCCACUAGAUCGGUUUCCCUCACUGGGUCCGUCCUCAUCUGUCCCUCUUCCUCACUUCCAUCAAACACUAGAGCCUAAAUGGUCUGCACUCAAUCAGCCCACCACAUCUGAAGGUUCGGGAUUCUCCGACCUGCAGAACGAGCUGCUGAAGAUCAUGGGUUCCUACAGAGACAUUUAUUACCCAGAAUGCUCCGUACUGGGUGGGGUAGCAGAGACACGGCAAGUGUACUGUCUUCACGUACUGAACCAUGUGCUGAAGGCUAAUUCCAGAGUUCUUACCCAUAAUUCCACGCUCAAGGAGGUCAAAGGUGGGGAGGAACGUGAGUUCCGAGACCAAGGACUCACCAGACCUAAGGUUUUAAUUCUGGUGCCGUUUCGGGACGGGGCUCUGCGGAUCGUUCAGACUUUCAUCUCCCUUCUGGAGAAGGAUGGCAAGAAGAUGGACGUCAGUAACAAGAAGAGAUAUAAAGAUGAAUACGGAGAGGGGCCCAACUCCAAACCGACCAAUCUGAACAGACCUGAUGAUUAUCACGCUGUGUUUUCAGGAAACAUCGAUGAUCACUUCAGGAUCGGCGUGUCCAUCCUGAAGCGCAGCAUGCGUCUCUACUCUCCGUUUUACUCCUCUGACAUCAUCAUCGCCUCUCCGCUGGGUGUGAGGACACUGAUUGGUGUGGAGGGCGACGCUCAGCGGGAUUUUGACUUCCUGUCCUCCAUUGAGCUGCUGGUGCUGGAACAGAGUGACGUGAUUCUCAUGCAGAACUGGGAACAUGUACUGCACAUAAUGAAGCAUAUGAACCUGCAGCCGCUGGACUCUCACGGUGUGGAUUUCUCCCGGGUACGAAUGUGGAACCUGAACAACUGGGCUCAGUUCUACAGACAGACGCUGGUCUUCAGUUCCAUUCCUGAUCCUCAGAUCAACAACAUCCUGUCUAAACACUGCCACAACUACAGAGGACAGGUGUGUGUUAAAAACCUCCCUAAAACUGGCUCCAUUUGCCAGGUCCACAUCCAGCUGCCUCACGUCUUCCAGAUGUUCCCGGCUGAGAGUUUUACAGAUCAUGAUGCCAGGUUCCAGUUCUUUGUGGACAAGGUGCUGCCCCAGUACAGAGACUCUGUAAUGUCGCACACUAUGAUCUACGUACCAUCAUAUUUUGAUUUCGUACGUUUGAGGAACUUUUUGAAGAAGCAGGAUGCAAGUUUUACUGUCAUCGGCGAGUACGCCUCCAGCUCAGAAAUCUCCCGGGCACGACAUCACUUCCUGACCGGAGAAAAACAGUUUUUGCUCUUCACAGAGAGAUUCCACUUUUACAAAAGAUACACCAUCAGGGGAAUCCAGAACCUGAUCUUUUAUGGUUUGCCCACUCGUGCUAAUUUCUACAGUGAGGUAUGUAACAUGCUGUGCGUUGGCACUACUGAAGUCAAGAGCAGCGCCAACUUCACCUGCACCGCCCUGUAUUCCCGUUAUGACGUGUACACGCUGGCCGCCAUCGUGGGCGCCGAGCGGGCCGCCAACAUGAUCCAGUCCAACAAAUCUGUCCAUCUCUUCAUUACUGGUGAGGAGAAGAGUUAAUGAGAGUGGAGGGGGUGCAGUUUGGACAAUAAAUGAAAAUAUGACAGAUAGACUGUACAGUUGACUGGCAAUACAGCAAGUCUCAGCCCUACUGAGAUUGGACAACUUUACAUUUAUACCCCUUUAUAAAAAUAAAGGGAUUUAAUUUUC